GCUCAAGUUCUUUCAUGGUUCACAAGACGCAUCAUCAAGUUCCCGCGUUUAGUACAUCGAGAUCGAUCCACAAAACAAAGAAAACAAGACCGGCACGAAGCCCUUUUUAUCCGAAUAAUUCGUGCCGUUUUUCACAGAAUUUUUGCACAAACUCAUUUUUGUUUCCCAUUCAUUCUUGAUGUUGUCCUACACAGGUCGUCGCGACGCAUAGUAAGAUAUCAAACUGACUCUUUUCUAGACCUGAAAGCCAGAUGCACUGCGGCCAAACUACUUAUACAAAAAGCGUUAAUCACUGAAUAAACGAGUAGAAUGCUUUUCUGCGCCGCACAUUCCCCCUUUAAUAUUAGCGCCCGAUUUUCAUUACUUCGCGUUAUGCUACAGGAUCAUUGUCCUAUUGUCCAACUCGAUCCUGGUUUACAAUUCCUUUAGAAAAGCUGCGCCUUACUAGCAACACCUAUACGAACAAAUUUAGACGAAUUAUAUUCCGUCGAUGAAGAAGUGAAGAGUCAUGUCCUCAUCUAGUGUCGACCUGCUAAGCCGAAAACUGAAAGUGCACAACAGCUAAUUUCAGACCAACAGAACCUGGAAUUUCUCAGUUCAGCAAACUGAGACUCGGCGGACAAGCGACGCUGUCGAGCAAUAGCACGCCCUCGUCAGGACCUCCAGUCGAUCAGCGCCUCGCGCUCCUGGCGGUUUCUGUGAUAGUGCGGGCGGCUAGUUGUACAAUCAAUCUCUUCUCUUGAAACAGCACCUCUUACUUCACCCCCGACUCGGCCCAGCAAAAAAUCACGAUGGCCGCCUUCGCACCCGGCGACGAUGAGUCGUCCAUUUGGACGAUCUUCGGCGACCUGGCUCCGGAUAUGAAUUGCAAAAGUAUCGUACUCGUAUAAAUGCAUUACAAAUUUCCUCAGCAUGAGAAAUAAACUUUGCAAUGCUGAUUUACCUUAAGAAACAGAUUUGUAAUGCAUGACUUCAAUACCAAUACGAGUACGAUACUUUUGCACAGGAUGCCGGAGGAAGAAGAGAUUCUAUUUCAAGAAUUGGAAAAGGAGCGAAGCGAAACCACGGAGAAGCUGGCGAAAAUAAAAAAGUUCAUCCGAAACCGGAAGGAAAACGAAGCUUUGCAAAUAAACGGGGACGAUGAAAUUUCCGACAAAUUGGUGUCUGGGUUUGCCAGCAUCAUCGGAAACGAGGACGCAGCGCGAGAAAUUCUGGACUGGUAUGAAUUUAUUCUAUAAAACAGAGCUGCGUGGUUUGUGGGAUGAUUUUGCAUAGCAUAUAGCAACAUCAACACAUCACCAGAGCGGUUUUGCUCUGUUGCAAUGUGAAUGUCUCAGUGCAAAAAUUUUUUGUAAUGUAGAAGCGGAUGUAGUACCAGUACAACAAGCCAUGACAGUGACAGACGAAAUACAAAAAUUCGCUGGAAAACGACCAAAACUCGCAAAAUAUCAUAAACUACAGGGGUCGUCAGAUAAUACGCGACAUGCAGCAGAUAGGGGAAGAAAUGAAGCUUCAGGAGGACGAACCGCAGCAAGUAAGCCUGACGCAGGGAAAACCCGUGCAGCCCACGAACGCUCUGUUCAGCGCCGCCGGCGGAAAUUUGUUUAAGGACGCAAUAGGCGGGGUAUGAUACUUUUUAUUUUUUGUUAUCGUUUUUUGGGGAUGCAAAUGCAUCUAAAUGCAUUUCCAUUUUCAUUUUCUCUUUUAUUUUUGCAAUAACGCUGUAUCUGUAAGUACGACGUCGGCCUGGUCGUGGCGGUGACAAAUUGUUCACAGUCGUGCUCGCUGUUUGUUUUUGUUCCUUUUGCACGGAGAUCUGCAUGAAGUAAAAUCAAAUCAACCACGUCGUCGAUCUCCAUAUCACUAUCAGGUGAACAAACAGUCCAAAGUCGGGGACCGAGAGCCCAAGCGAGCUGGGGGAGGCAAAAGCAGACCAAGUCACUCCAGGUCAAGGUCUAGGGAGCGAGCUGUGGAAAAGCCAGCGGUAUAAUUAAGUUGUUUGUGUUUCGUCGUCUGUCAGGCGCGUUUUGCAUGACCCAUGCUGUCUGUGCUGCAUGCCCUAGCGUCACAGACUUACUUGUGAGGGUAUUUCUAUUUAUUGAAAAAUUGCAUUACAGAUUCAGCUGAAGCGACGCCGUUCCGACUCGGAAGACAGGCAGGUAGCAUCGGACAAAGUGAGCGACAUAUCUGACCAAGGCGUCGGGAACAAUCGGAGCGGGCAAGGUAUAAAGGUUUAUAGCGACAUUUUGAUUUUUGCUUUGCUAUGCAGGACAACGAUAUCGAUCAAGACCAUAAUUUUCACUCCUCAGUUUGACACCUGCUUACGAAGAUCGUAACCUCAGCCAGGCAGGCCGCUCGACGGUUCUUGUGCCAAUAUUUAUUGCGUUUUAUAUCGUUUAACGUUUCAACAUUUUCAACAGCUAACGGCACCACCGUGACUAAGCGGUUCAGGCCAGCGGACGAAGACUCAGGUCAGGAUGCGCCGCCACCAGCAGAGCACGUUUCGAAGAAGGAAAAGAAAACAAAAAAGCAGGUACUAUUAUUUGUGCUGCUCUUUUUCAUGAUGGCAUUGGCCAUGGCAUUUCUUGUUACGCAGCAGAUUUUUUUCUUUUUUGCCAUGAUGCGUCGUAGAUGCUUGCACGAGGAACUGGAUGAAGUGAAGAUGUUUUUUUCUUGUUGAUCUAACAGGACAACGCGGGCAAGCGCGAGAAACCUGCAAAGGAGAAGCGAAAUAAGGACAAGAAGGAAAAAAAGGCGAAGAAGGAAAAGAAGUCAACCACAAACCGGAUAGAGGAGGCAAUAGUGCAGCCAAUACUGCAGCAACCGGUAGAAAGCCCACCAGCACCACCGCAAACACAUGUGAUGCAUUUAGGGAACGGUAUUAAUUCUAAAAUUUGAAUUUCUGUUAAAGUAGAGAUAGGGAAAAAGUAAAAGAACUUCAUCCAAAAUAUUGCUUCGCCUUUCGCCUGCAGCAUGAGAAACUGGCUCAUGAUUUGUUCCUGUCGCGCUUCACCUUGAAAGAGCGUCGCACUCUUCGAACCUUAUCACCAUUCCCCCGAAAAAAAAAUAUCAGGCACUUACAUGCCGAUCGCCCCUGGUCAAGUGGUGAUGGCGCCGGAGCAAGUGCAAUACGCAGUCUCCGCUGCAGCCGCGCCGCGCAUGAUUUCUGCUCAGCCGGGCAUAGCACCGGGCAGUCUCGGCUACGUAGAGCCAACAAUCAUUCCCACAACCACAAGUAGUAGCAGUGGGCACGGAAAGGGCUACGGGAAAGGUAUAAUACUGGAUUUUGUGAGAGAAGUAGAAGAUGAGCAGUAGUAGUUCUAUCUUUUAUUUGCCACGAGCAAGGGCCUGCUACACGGCGAACUCGAAUAUGAGUCCGAGUCUUGCAUGAGAUGAAUUUGCGUAUCUCAUGCCGAUAGGCCUCAACUUUCCAUCCUGUUUUUAUUCCCGAGGGACCCCGUAUAAAAACACACAGGUGGCAAAUGGCGCCUCAAGAAGUGGAAAGCCAGCCGGGAGGAUAUAAUCGUGCGGGAAACGAAAGAGCUGCAAUCGAAGGAAACCAAGAAGCUUCGGGAAGGGGAGAUAGUGGAGCAGACCGGUCCUGAGGUGCAAGUGGAGAUCCAAGGGCAGACGCGAGGCUUCGUCACCCGCAUGCCAAUCACACACCCAGCGGCAAAGAACUAUCCCGAGGCCAUCGGAUGGGUACGAUUACGAAUGUUGUUUAAUAGAUAGUGAUAGUGUUUCUGUUUUCGAAUGUAGGAGGUGCUGUGACCAGAAUUUCGAUCAUUCUUUAUUCCUUGAUCAUGGGAGUGGAGGUUCAGUUCUUAUCUAGAAGAGCGCUCGGUAUCGCGAGGAGCACGAGUUGCUGGGCAGUUGACUGGAAGCUCUCUACACCAUACCCUCGGGCAUAAUCUUUUGCACGAUGGAAUUACGAGCAGUUUCACACCUAGGUCAUCCGAGGCUUCUGCUCGGGUCGGAGAGCUCAUCAGGUUCAAUUCGUACUACGCGGGAUCGUGAAAGCUCAAGCUUUAUAAAGCUUCUUUGCAGUGAGAUAAAAGUAAAAUUUUGAAAUUUCGCGGAUUUUGCUUUUGCAUAAAAAUAAAAUUUUGAAAUUCCGUGUGUGGAAAUAGAAAGUAUAGCUUCGCGACUCGGGUUGAUGGGCAACAGGAUGUAUCGUCGCUGCUUCUGUUGAUUUUCAAUUACGAUAAAAAUAAAAUUUUAGAAUUUCGCGGAUUCCGCAUUAGGAUAAAAAUAAAAUUUUAAAAUUUCGCGGUUUAGGUAGUCAAGCGAAACAGUGUCGACGCUGGUUGAUCUGGUAGCCAACAGGAAGUGAAUUUUGCUAUUUCUCCACGCUCAUUAUUUCAUUACAGCACGAUAAAAAUAAAAUUUUGAAUUUUCGCGGAUUUCGCUUUACAGUUUAGGAUUUGACCAGCGUGCAGCAUCGAGUCUUCUCUUCAGGAGGAAGAGUUGGCUCCAUACCUUGCAGUCGAACGUUACACACGAUGGUAUGGUGAAUCUAGGAGCGAAAAUUCAAACAGCCGCAGUGUGUACCACCGUGAGUCAUGUUAUGCACGAUGGAAUUCUAGACAUAAGUAUUUUUGUAUGAAAAUAAAAACUACCAGAGCAAGCUGCUGGUGCAUAACAAUGAUUUUCCAAACAACAGGUCACGCUGUCCGCCAAGCAACUGGGUGGUCCGGAGUAUUUCGUCGAAGGUCCUAGCACUGUAACAAUGAAUCCGGGGAAGGGCAAAAAGCCCAGCAAACCCGCCUGGACGGCACCGCCGUGGCAGUCUGCAAAGUCGUGGGGGGCUCCCGCGAAGUCAACGUGGGGAAAGGGAAAGAAAGCAGCGCCAACCUAUAACAAGGGCGGGCCGAAAGGGAAUCUCACUUGGAGCGCGAGUAACAACACAACCUCAACGGCCGCUGCCCCGGCGGCGUGAAAUAAAUAGGCGAGCCGCUGGUUUGAUGUUGGGAAGUGACGAACGAUUUAUGUUUUCCACAACUUCUGUUUAGAUGCCACUGCUCCGGAAGUAAGAAAACCGUUAAUAUCAUUUCUACUGACCACACGCAGCUCAGCAGCCUUUUAUUUGACAACUCGUGAUUUUUUUUAUCUAAUUCCCCACGGCAGAUUAUCUAUAUCUUCCUUUUUUCGCGCUUCUAGAGUUCGUAAUUUAUACGGUGGACCCAACAUGAAAAUCGCCAUUGCUUUCUUUGCGGCGACUCGUCCCCACGACCCCACCUCGACUGCGCGGCAUCAACUUGUAGUUCAACACACGAGCCCCUGGUCCUGCCAGUUUUUUACCUGCUCUCUCGUUUUGUACUUCUCUAGCUUUUUAUUUUCUGAAUCUGAAUCAUGCUCCUCGUCUCAGAAAUCUGAAAAUCGUUUUAAUAAUCGGGUAUAAGUAUUUUUUCUUCGUUCUUCACCGCCCUUUGAUGUUGCCGCGGGUAGGUGGAACUUACUAAACGCGAGUACUGGUAAAGCAUAUAGUAUUAUUAUUCCAGUGCCCGGCUGUGAAGGACGUGGACAAGCAAGAGCAACAGCCUGUAGUUGCUUUGUCAACAGCUGCUAGUUUUACGUUUAAAGAGUCAUAGGGACUACAAAUUUAUUGUUAUUCUGACAAUGCUUUAGGUAUAGGAACCGAAGUUCCUGUCCAGAAAAGCAUAACUGCGAGCGACAGCGACAUGAUAUUAUGUGCGAGGGCUGUAUUUAUUUUUCCCCCCAUACAACUAUGGUCCUCGUCUCAGCAUACGGUCAGGAACCAGGUUCAAUAUUUUUCGUAAAAUUUUGCCACUUUCUGCGAACAAAAUUCAAAAUGUAGUUAAUUCAUUGCGGUGAGAAGUCAUCGUCGUCCUUCCAUUCGGCAUCGGCGCUUUCUGGUGCAGCUCAUAUACUUUGCCUCUCGUGCAGUAGGUCGGUCUUUUUCGACAUAAUUUCGAGACCUCCCGGGACGAAAGACUUUGCCUCCACCUGUCGAUGAUCGCAGAGACAGACCAAUGGUGCAAUGGUCGCAUCACAACCAGCACUUUCUUGACUACGUAC